CGAAUCAAGAAGAUCCAAAGGUAUAAUCCAAAAUAACAUGGUUGGCUAUUAUCACUCCUGUUAAGGACCUAUGCUUCCUUCACCCAAAACAGAGCUCCAAAAAGUUUGUUCAAACACUGGAGCUUCACACAUUGAUCAACAAAAAUGUCAACACUCGCUACUUCUCUUCAUCUAUUCCCCAAUAAUCCAUUUGUACGCACAAAAUCAGUUCUCCCAACGUUUUCCACAACGAUAACAUCUGCUUCAUCAAGUUCUUACCCAAUUAACAGCAAUGUUUCAUUAUCUUCUAUUGCUCCUCUUGAAGCAAUCCUUUUUGACAUUGAUGGAACGCUUUGUGACUCGGACCCUCUUCAUUACUACGCCUUCCGUGAUAUGCUCCAAGAGAUAGGAUUUAAUGACGGAUCACCUAUCGAUGAGGAGUUCUUCAUAAAUAACAUUAGUGGCAAGCAUAACGAAGAGCUUUGCAGUGUGCUUCUUCCUGAUUGGGAGUUUGAAAAGGCUAUGAAAUUCAUGGUUGACAAGGAAGCUUUGUUUAGAAGAUUGGCAGCUGAACAGUUGGAACCGAUAAGCGGCUUGAACAAUGUAUGUAAAUGGGUAGAAGAUCUUGGCUUGAAACGGGCUGCUGUUACAAAUGCUCCGAGAUCAAAUGCCGAAUUGCUGAUUUCAAUGCUUAAACUAGAAGAUUUCUUUGAAGUGAUCGUUCUAGCUGAAGAAUGUGCAAGACCAAAACCUUUUCCCGAUCCUUACCUCAAGGCUCUAAAUGCACUUAAAGUUUCUCCAAAUCACACAUUUGUGUUUGAGGAUUCUGUUUCUGGAAUUAAAGCAGCUAAUGGAGCGGGGAUGCCAGCUGUUGGAAUGGCGACUAGAAACCCUGAACAAAUGUUACUAGAUGCUGGGGCCUCCCUCGUUAUCCAGGAUUAUAACGACCCUAAACUAUGGGAAAAUCUACAGGAGAUGGUACAACAAAAGUUGCCUAUUUCAUCCAAGAUAGGAACCACACUAGCAUGGACCAAGCAUGAAAGGCUAACGGGUCGAAAUGGGGCAAGGAAGCGGUUACGAACAUGGAUGCACGAGGUAAGUGAUUUCCGUAAUCACUUCGUAGUACAAGUAAGUAAUAAAGUGUUGUAAUGAAUUAAAUAUGAUGUUUGAGGUCAAAUAUGUAGUAAUAUGGUACCCAAAGGUGGGAUCCUAAAGAAUAUGUAGUAAUAUGGUACCCAAAGGUGGGAUCCUAAAGAAUAUGUAGUAAUAUGGUACCCAAAGGUGGGAUCCUAAAGAAUAUGUAGUAAUAUGGUACCCAAAGGUGGGAUCCUAAAGAAUAUGUAGUAAUAUGGUACCCAAAGGUGGGAUCCUAAAGAAUAUGUAGUAAUAUGGUACCCAAAGGUGGGAUCCUAAAGAAUAUGUAGUAAUAUGGUACCCAAAGGUGGGAUCCUAAAGAAUAAGUAGUAAUAUGGUACCCAAAGGUGGGAUCCUAGAGAAUAGGUAGUAAUAUGGUACCUAAAGGUGGGAUCCUAAAGAAUAUGUAGUAAUAUGGUACCCAAAGGUGGGAUCCUAAAGAAUAUGUAGUAAUAUGGUACCUAAAGGUGGAAUCCUAAAGAAUAAGUAGUAAUAUGGUACCCAAAGGUGGGAUCCUAGAGAAUAGGUAGUAAUAUGGUACCUAAAGGUGGGAUCCUAGAGAAUAGGUAGUAAUAUGGUACCUAAAGGUGGGAUCCUAAGGAUAUGUAGUAAUAUGGUACCUAAAGGUGGGAUCCUAAAGAAUAUGUAGUAAUAUGGUACCUAAAUGUGGGAUUCUAAGUUAAGAAUUUCCUUUACGUAUAUAGAUGUGUAUGUAUGUAUGUAUAAAGGUAUGUAUGAGUGUAUGCAUGUAUGUAAAGAUGUAAGAAAGGUAUGUACGUAUGUAGAUGUGAACGUACGUAUGUAUAAAGAUAUGUAUGAGUGUAUGCAUGAAUGUAGAGACGUAGGAAAGGUAUGUAUGUAUGUAUGUAUGUAUGUAAUCGUGUAUGUAUGUAUGUGUAAAGACAUGUAUGAGUGUAUGCAUGUAUGUAAAGUUGGAGGAAAGAUAUGUAUGUAUGUAGAUGUGAAUGUAUGUUUAUAUGUAAGUAUGUAUGUAAGCAUGAUUUAGACACGUUGAGUGUUAACGUUUUAAUGGUGUACCUUGAGAAUGAAAGGUAAUGCAGGUACAUUACUGAAGCCUCACCAGGGAAUGGAUACGCAGAUGUAAUGCUUAAAGUUUGAAAAAUGACGAACAGUGAAGUGUUUGUGAAUGAAUCUUGUUUAUAUAAUGUGUGCUAAUGUAUGAAUGAAUGUGGUGAGUGCAGGUUGUACGAGUCACGAGGAUCUUCAAGGAUUAGAGAUCGAGGAUCGAGUCACAAGACAGAUUGUACGGAAACGUUGGUGUUGAAAUUUAGAAAACCCAUGUCAUGCAUUUAAUUGUAAAUGAGUCAAUUGAUGACUUCUUGUGGAAAGGUUGUAUUAAAAUGAAGUUUUAAGCAAGUCAAGGUAAUUAUAAGGAAAGAAAUUUUAUGGUA